CGCGUCGUUCGUGAAGACCCACACAAGGAAGGACGGCACUCACGUGAACGAACGUACACGGGUCCUAUGCGAGAGGAUGACGCAGAGUUUAUCCAGUGAUCCAGCCGCCACGCAAAGCGUCUCCGCAGACACGGUGCGUUGGGCACCGAACGACGCUUACGAACAGGCGGUUGGGAGGCCUGAGUAUGCAGGGAGGGUUCGGCAGGUUGGGCCGAACGUCACACCUGUUCGGGGGACAUGUUUCUCAUAUAGGCCUCGGUCACAAGGGGGACCAUCUCAGGGCACGUCUCGGGAUUGGGCCGAAAACACUCGGAAGAUGGAAGAGAUGCAAGCGGAGCUACAGGCUGAGCGAGCGAGGAAUGACCUGUUGGAGCAGCGCCUGCGACAGGUUGAGGUCUUCAUGUCCUCCAUGGGAGCAUCAGCACCAUGUCUUGGUACGCCUUCACCUGCACACGUAGGUAGUACGUCGUCUGUUAGUAGUGCAUCUGCAGGUAAUUCGACAACGGUUGGUACGUUGUCGCCUGUUGGACGACGGCUGACCCAGCAUUCCAUUGUCGCUACACCUUCGCCCGCUACACCAUUCCUUGCUCAGCAAUCGCCGGUUGGCGAUAACACGCCUGGGACGGUACCUCCUCAUUCGCAGGGACGCCCUUCAGAUUUGUAGAUAUUUUGUGUAAUUAAUUUUUAUGUGUAAAUAUUUGCUUAGUUAACGAAUACGUUAUUAACUUAUGAUUUGUGUAAUAUUAUUUUGUGUAGUUUUUCUGUAAAAUCAAUAUUUUGUUAUUUGUG